UCAUAACCGUCGUUAUAUCACAUCAAAAACAAAUAAAUUUGCGCCAAACUUAUAUAGGACAAAUUAACCUUUUUUAUUUAAUACGACGUUAUUUCUUUUAAAAUUUUUUUAUAAUUAUGAAAAAAUAAUAUUUAAAUAAUAUGUAAUACAAGGACAACUAUAAUUUUCAAUAAUCACGAAGCAAACUUGAUAUCUAUUUUGAGUUGUAUGUAAUGUGUUAAUCGUUUAUUUAUAACACUGUGCUGCAUUUUCAGCUAAUCGGACAAGUAGAAUAUAAAAUGGUAUAUUAUAUUUGAACUGUCAAGUAACUUGUUUAUAAAAUCAUGGACGAAAUUUGGUUUCAUCUAUCUAAUCAAUUUGAGACAUUUCAGAUUCAAACCUCAUUACUCGUACAACAAGGACAACAAUGGAUUAUAACAUGGUUCGCUGAAGCACGUCAAGUUUUUUAUAAAUUAUACAAUAAUCAAAACAUACAAAAUAUUAAAGAAAUUGUACAACAUCUAUUUAUUUGGAUUGAAAAAACAUGGGAACACUUACAAUUUCAGUAUUAUAAUAUACAUUUCAAUAUCACUGGAUUUUAUAGACAAAUAAAAACUUUUUAUAAUAAUGAAGUAUCAAAUAGGGAACUUGCAUUUUGUUUAGCAGGUUUAGUUGUUGGUACUUUACUUGGUUAUUAUAUUAGAAUUACUUGGGAACAUGCACCUCGUCAUAUGCAUCAUAUAAAAGCUAUUAUAUGUCAUCAUUACAUUGGUAUUGAGGGUGUAUCCAUGAUAGAUGAUGCAGAAAUGCCUAUGAUAGAAAGAUCUAAUGAAUUAUUAGUACAAGUUAAAGCAGCCUCUGUUAAUGUUGUUGAUACAAAAAUUUGCAAUGGUUAUUCUAAGAUUUAUAGAAGACUUCUUAAUUAUGGUAAACACAAAGAACUUCCAGUAACUUUAGGUAGAGAUUGUACUGGAGUGAUAGUAGGUAUAGGACAAAAUGUUAUUAAUUUUGAUAUUGGGGAUGAAGUAUUCUUAGCUGUACCUUCUUGGGCUCCUGGUACAAUGGCAGAAUAUAUAGUAGUCCCAGAAAGUCAAGCAGUUAAACGACCAAAACUUUUUACUUUUGAAGCAUCUGCAAGUCUUCCCUAUAAUGGAUGUUUAGCUUGGGAUGCUUUAAUUAAUAGGUCUACAAUUCAAGAGGGCGAUGCAAAAGGAAAACGAGUACUUAUAUAUGGUGGAAAUACACCUGUUGGUUGUAUUUUAACUCAAUUAGUUAAAUUAUGGGGUGGAUAUGUACUUACAAUAUGUACACCAAAUGCAAUUCCUGUAUCAAAAGCCUUAGGAGCAGAUAAUGUUAUAUCAUUGGAUAAUUCAAAUAUAGAAAAAGAAUUACAAUUACAUGACAAAUUCGAUGUUAUAUUUUAUACUGGAGGUGAACCAAUUGAUGAACAUAUAUUAAAACAGAAUUUAAUACCUUAUGGUUCUUAUGUUUCUACAGUCCCUGAACAAUUAAUAUCUGACUCAUUAGGUUUUAUAUUUAGAAGUAUAUUUGCUGGAUGUGUACGAGUAAAGUUAUUAGUUCAGUAUGUAUUUGGAUUCAAUAUGCAUCAGUGGAAAGAAGGUUCAAAAAUUAACACAGCAUAUUUGCAAGCAUUGUGUGAUUUAGCUGAUGCUGAUCAAUUGCAAAUGGUUGUAGAUAGAGUAUAUGGUCCUUAUAAUAUUGAACAAGCAUUACAUCACAUAUUAGAUCCCAAUGCUAUUGGUAGUACUAUAAUAACAUUUCAGUGACAAUUAAAUGUUAUACAUUUAAUGUUAUACAGACUUGUAUACUUGUAGAAAAGUUUUCAGUUAUAUAAAUAUUGAUUUUUAUUAAUA